AGAAACCUGUGUAGCCAGAGAUGGGAACGGAGGCCACAGAGCAGGUCUCCUGGGGCCAUUACUCUGGGGAUGAAGAGGAGGCAUACUCAGCUGAGCCGCUGCCAGAGCUUUGCUACAAGGCCGAUGUCCAGGCCUUCAGCCGGGCCUUCCAACCUAGUGUCUCCCUGACGGUGGCUGCGUUGGGUCUGGCCGGCAAUGGCCUGGUCCUGGCCACCCACCUGGCAGCCCGACGCGCAGCGCGCUCGCCCACCUCCGCCCACCUGCUCCAGCUGGCCCUGGCCGACCUCUUGCUGGCCCUGACUCUGCCCUUCGCGGCAGCAGGGGCUCUUCAGGGCUGGAGUCUGGGAAGUGCCACCUGCCGCACCAUCUCUGGCCUCUACUCGGCCUCCUUCCACGCCGGCUUCCUCUUCCUGGCCUGUAUCAGCGCGGACCGCUACGUGGCCAUAGCGCGAGCGCUCCCAGCAGGGCCGCGGCCCUCCACUCCCGGCCGCGCACACUUGGUCUCCGUCAUUGUGUGGCUGCUGUCGCUGCUCCUGGCGCUGCCUGCGCUCCUCUUCAGCCGGGACGGGCAGCGGGAAGGCCAACGACGCUGUCGCCUCAUUUUCCCCGAGGGUCUCACGCAGACGGUGAAGGGGGCGAGCGCCGUGGCGCAGGUGGCCCUGGGCUUCGCGCUGCCUCUGGGCGUCAUGGUAGCCUGCUACGCGCUCCUGGGCCGCACGCUGCUGGCCGCCAGGGGGCCCGAACGCCGGCGUGCGCUGCGCGUCGUGGUGGCUCUGGUGGCGGCCUUCGUGGUGCUGCAGCUGCCCUACAGCCUCGCCCUGCUGCUGGAUACGGCCGAUCUACUGGCUGCGCGCGAGCGGAGCUGCCCUGCCAGCAAACGCAAGGAUGUCGCACUGCUGGUGACCAGCGGCUUGGCCCUCGCCCGCUGCAGCCUCAAUCCCGUGCUCUACGCCUUCCUGGGUCUGCGCUUCCGCCAGGACCUGCGGAGGCUGCUACGGGGUGGGGGCUGCCCCUCAGGGCCUCAUCGCCGCCGCGGCUGCCCCCGCCGGCCCCGCCUUUCUUCCUGCUCAGCUCCCACGGAGACCCACAGUUUCUCCUGGGACAACUAGAGCUGCGAAUCUAGAGGAGGGGGCAGGCUGAGGGUCGUGGGAAAGGGGAGUAGGUGGGGGGACACUGAGAAAGAGACAGGGACCUAAAGGGACUACCUCUGUGCCUUGCCACAUUAAAUCAAUAACAUGGAAAUUAGAUGCAACCCAA